UCUCCCCGCCGGGCUGGAAGUGAUCAUUUACAGUUCGACCUUCAUGCUCCACCCCCAUAGAAGCCACCACCCAUUCCCCGCACACACUCGUUCACACAGACACACAAAGCAGUUGGAGGUCCAUCUCCAAGCACCACCCAUAUAGAGACGAAUCACAAGGUCGGCUGCCGCACCGGCACCGGUGCUAGCUAGCGCCAAUACACACAGCCGGGAAGGAGGAGCCGGAGCUCCAAUCCAGUGCAUACGGUCUAGGUGAGCCAUGGAGGGAGCUCCCGUGACGGCAGCCACGGGGGUCUUGGGUCCCGUCGUAGCAAAGCUGGGUGCUUUGCUGAGCAGCGACUACAAGCUUCGCCGCCAGACUCGCAAGGACGUCAAGUCCAUCAGAUCCAAGCUCAAGUCGGUGCACUCUAUCCUUUGGGCCAUAUGGGAGAAGGAGGAUCUCGAUGCGGAAUCCAAGGUCCUGAAGAAGGAAGCACUGGAUCUGGCUGCUGAUAUGGACGACGCCAUUGAUGACUUCAUCCUCACGAUGCAGGGCAGCCACAGAAGCAAGCGUUUGAUAGAGAGGAAGAUCGAAGUAAGCCCUUUCCAAGAUUUCAAGAGGAGAGUAGAUGACGUGUCGGCCCGGUGCCACAGCAAGUGGAAGUGGAAGGACAGGUCUGCUCAACCCUUCUCCAGCUUAUUUGCAUGGAGAAACACCAAAUCCAGCACCCCCAGCCAACCGCCUCCACCUCCUCGUCGAGCUCCAUUUGUCCGCAAGGAUGUGUCAGAGCUCGUCUGUAUGGAUGGAUGGAGGAACGAGCUCACCAGAUACCUAGUAGGAGAAGAAGAGAGCACAAUGGUUGAGCUGCAGCUCAAAAUAGUAUCCAUUGUUGGAAUGGCCGGUGUAGGGAAAACAACCCUUGCCAGCCUUGUUUAUGGGGACGAGGAGAUCGCAAAUAAGUUCCAGUCCCGGUCUUUUGUAUCCGUCACAUCAACUCCCAACAUGAAGGAGGUUCUCACAAGUAUUCUCCAACAAGUAGGAGCUCAACCACCUGCUGGCACCGAAGCAAGAACAGAGGAACAUAUCAUCCACACCAUAUCCAAUUUCCUAGAGAACAAAAGGUACCUCGUAAUAAUUGAUGACAUAUGGAACCGUGAACAAUGGGACAUCAUUAGGAGACCUUUUCCAGUUAAUAAUCUGGGCAGCAGAAUUGUCAUGACAAGCCGUAUUCAUUCCAUGCGAGGAUAUGAUUUUGAUAAUAACAAGCCCUGCAUCAGAAUGAAUCCUCAAUUGAGUUUCGACAAGAGAAGGUGGCUCUAUGGACCUGAUAGGGAAGAUGUCGCUGCUCGGAUGAAGCCUGACAUGGUUGGAGAAGGCUUUGAUUGUGACCAUCCUAUUGUGCGCAUGUGUGGUGGUGUCCCGUUAGCACUACUUUGCAUGUUUUCAGCAAUGGCAAUGGUCUGUCAGCAACAAGAACAAGCAAGGGACGUGCAAGAUAUGAUCGAAUUUGAGAGGCGAGUUAAGCAAAGUGGAAUCCAGAACACUCCAGGGUUCGAACCGUUGGUAGAGAGUUUGCAGCUUGGCUACAAUGAUCUUCCUCACCAUAUGUUGAAGACCUGCUUGUUGUACUGCAGUAUAUACCCUGAGAAUUACAAAUUUUACGGGGAUGAUUUGGUGAUGCGAUGGAUCGCUGAAGGAUUUAUUUAUGAACUUGAUGCAGGAAAAGGUUAUUUAGAAGAGCUUGGCGAUAGAGGAUUAUUGAUGCUGCUGGAGGAUAAGGAUGAAAAGGCCUACCAAAUGAACCCCGUGAUGCGGAAUUUCCUUGGAUGGAAAUUGCGUGAAGGUAAUUUCAUUACUUGCAGUUCUGACAUCACAUCGUCAUGUGCCUGUCGAAUCCAUCGACUAUGUAUGGAUGAUUAUUCAGCUGAUGGUGCGGCGGAGGGAGUGGAUCCCUUGUUUGGGUUGUAUUGGUCUCAGAUUCGAUCUCUUGUUGUUUUCGAAGGUGCUAAGACAUAUGUCCCUUUUGAGAAGUUGGAACAUGUGCGAGUGUUGGAUCUUCAAUAUCAUCAGCGGCUUCGUGAAACCAGAAAGUAUGUGCAUGUUUUUGAGGAUCUUGACUUUGAGGCUCUUGGGAAUGAUCAUGUGAAGGAUAUAUGUGGACUGCUCCGUGUGAGGCACCUAUUCGGCCUAGAAGGGAAGGGAAUUAGUGAGAUACCACCAGAAAUAGCGAGGCUGCAGUAUUUGGAGACAUUGCACGUAAGGCGAACUUUGAUUAGAGAGCUACCCAGUGAGAUUGGGGACUUACAGCAGUUGAAGACUCUAGUGAUGAGUCGCAACCUAAAGCUGGCAGAGCUGCCCAGGGAGAUUGGGGACCUCAAGAAUUUGGAGACUCUGGACCUGAGUUACAACCAGGAGCUCACAGAGCUACCUCGCGAGAUCAGGAAACUGCAGAAUUUGAAGCAACUGUUGUUGACAUUUAUACCCGUGACGAAGUUACCAAAGGAAAUGGUGGGGCUAAAAAAACUUAAAAAAUUGGCAUUAGAUUCGGCCAUCAGCGCACUACCCUGGGAAACUAGCCAACUUUCGAAUUUGGAGGGAGUGGCUGAGUGCGUCCGGCAAGCUUGGAAGAACAGUGAUCUUGUGUCUGAGUUCUCCGCGGAGAUCCUGUCCAUUCAAAUGGAUGCAUGGACUACUGAAAGGGGUGGGCUAACUGUUGGCACAAAACACAUGCACAUUCCAUGGUGGAUCAAGGAUCACUUCAACGACCUUGCCUACUUGGAUAUCAGGAUCUGCAAACUCGAGGAGCAGGAUCUGAAGAUUCUGCGGGAGAUGCCUAGCCUGAAAGACCUCAAGCUAAGGCUCGAAGUCGUCCCAAGAAAGCCCAUAGUCAUCAGCGGCGAAGGGUUCCCGAGGCUUAUGUGGCUCGUUGUUGACAGCCGCGCGUCGCCAAUUAUCACCUUCCAGGAAGGAGCGAUGCCGGAGCUGCACCGGCUCAUCUUCGAGUUCCAGUUCUACGGUGGCCCACCUGCAAAUAAAGACCCUCCGUGUCUGGGUAUCAACCACCUCCGGAACCUCUACCAUGUCGAAUUCAGAUGCAACGAGGAAUGGUAUAAAGGAGCAGCAGAGAGCAGCCCGUGUGUGAGCGCGAUGAUUGACGUCGUGAGGAAAGAAGCCCAGGAGCAUCCCCGCUGGAUCGAGAUUUUGGUCUCUGGCCGAAAGAGGGAGCGUUUUCCAAGGAAGGAGAGCGCACAGGAGGUUUCCAGCAGUGAUGGGAGUGGCGCUGAGAUCCAGGAGGAGACCCUGGAAGCAGCGUGAUCGGUUUCUUCGUUGGCGAUGGAGGCGACGAGGUAAUCCUUCCGUGUGGUUGGUUAUUUCAUCAUCGUAAGUACCACUUUACUAGUACCUGAAUCUAUCUGCAACCAUCUUCAUGCAUCUUGUAUCGCCGGCCAAAAGUGACCAUAUACAGAUGAAGCUUUCGAGGUCAUAUACAGACACGCAUCUUGUUGUUGUUUGCCCAUAACAUUAUAUGCAUGCAUGCUUCCGAGUUAAUCUUUUUUCUUCAUUUCACUCAUAUUUUCGUCAUGUAAUAAAAAUAAAUAAAUAGUCCAUGGGGCCGAGACACUCUACCAGUAUGUUGUAUGCACUGUUAAUUUUUUUUUCUUUUUCGGAAAUGCCGUAUGUACUGCAUGUUAUCAAAACUCUGUUAUUGUGUAAUAAGAAUUGCGAGACUA